AUGAACUCUGAGUUUGAUGACGUGUUGACUAACCAACCAGUCGUGAUUGAUAACGGCUCAGGUGUUAUAAAAGCUGGUUUUGCAGGUGAAGAACAACCUAAAUGCUUUUUUCCAUCCAUGGUAGGCCGACCAAAGCACGUCCGUAUCAUGGCAGGUGCUGUUGAAGGAGACAACUUUAUUGGAAGAAAAGCGCAAGAACUACGCGGUUUGCUAAAGAUCAGAUACCCUAUCGAGCAUGGUAUUGUCACUGACUGGGAGGACAUGGAGCGCAUUUGGCAAUAUAUUUACACUGAUGAGCUUAAAACACUUUCUGAAGAGCAUCCUGUGCUAUUGACAGAAGCACCUCUGAAUCCUCGUGCUAAUAGAGAUACUGCUGCUCAAAUCUUCUUUGAGACGUUCAACGUCCCUGCAUUAUUCACCUCGAUCCAAGCCGUACUUAGUUUAUAUUCCUCUGGUAGAACCACUGGUAUUGUCCUUGAUUCAGGUGAUGGUGUUACACAUGCUGUACCUGUAUAUGAAGGUUUCGCAAUUCCACAUGCCAUUCGUAGAGUCGAUGUUGCUGGAAGAGAUGUGACAGAAUAUUUACAGCUUUUAUUGAGGAAGUCUGGCUACAACUUUCAUACUACAGCUGAAAAGGAGGUGGUUCGCAUCAUCAAAGAAAAGACGUGUUACAUUGCAUUGAAUCCAGCCAAAGAAGAAAAGGAAACCAGCGGUAAGGUGGAUGAUUUCAUGUUGCCUGAUGGUAACAUUAUCAAGCUUGGUGCAGAGAGAUUCCGUGCACCUGAAAUUUUGUUCCAGCCUGAACUCAUUGGAGAAGAAUACCCUGGUAUUCAUCAAGUGAUUGUGGAUUGUAUUGGCCGUGCAGAUCUCGAUCUGAGAAAAUCGCUCUAUUCCAACGUUGUUUUAUCUGGAGGAUCGACAUUAUGUAAAGGUUUCGGUGAGCGUCUCUUGUCAGAGAUCAAGCGACUUGCAUUGAAGGAUAUCAAGAUCAAGAUUUACGCUCCUCCUGAGCGCAAAUAUAGUACCUGGAUUGGUGGUUCAAUUUUAGCUUCUCUCAGCACUUUUAAAAAGAUGUGGGUCUCUGCAGAAGAAUAUCAAGAAGAUCCUGAUAUCAUUCACAAAAAGACAUUUUAA